CUUUGAUAGAAAAUUGACGAAAUUUUUUCGUUAAAAAAAAUCAGAAAAUAUCUAAGUAAAUUUAAACCAUCACGUUCCUAAAAUAUAAUUUUAAGUUUAAAUAGAACAUAAUAAAGCGAUUCGUGGUGAACAUUUUAUAAAGUUUCUUAUUGUUAAGCUGUAAUACCGCAAAGAAUGUAAGAUAAAAUUUGCCAAUUACAAGAAUUGCGUCGCCAUAUUCGACGAUAAAAGUCAUCUGUCUUUCACAAGUACUAUUGAUUUGGAAGUGAAUUUUGUGUUUUAACGGAUUUCUGUGAAUUCUUAUUCAAGAAUUAGAAGAAGGAAAGGAAAUAUCGCCCAAUUCAGCCAAAUAAGGAAGUGGCUUUGGAUUCAAGUGGAGGUAACUCUAAGUGCAAAAAUGAACAACCGCGUGUGAAACAACAGUAUAAUAUUGGUGUACGUUGCAAAGUGACAAGAUGCCCCGGAAGCCCCCACCAGCUGGGUCUGCAUUUUUCGGGGAGUACGAUGCAAGAUCCUACAGACAUAUGGGUGGAAACGAAUACAGGCCAAGCGAACGCGAGCCGUCCAGAGAUUCGAGAGAUGGGAGUAGGAAAAAGAAAGUAAAACAAAAGAAAUCGAAACGAAAAGAACGUUCAAAGGAGAGAGAUGUUGUGAAUGACCAGACGCGUGGGAAACCUAUUGUGGAUUAUGAUGACAUUAGUUCAGAUUCAGAAAUUAACGCUACACCCCCUGCCCAAAUGCAAUCGUCUCGUUCAAGAGACCUUCAUGAAAUUUCACCAGCCACUGAGCUACGGAGAUACAAGUAUGACAGGAGUCGAAGUAAUUCUCCAAUUGUUAUCAGGGACAGUCCUCCACAAUCUUAUUCCUCCAGGAAAACUAAAAAGAGACCUUAUUCUCCUGAACAGAUGCAUCGAGAGUCGGUAAAACAUUAUGCCGAGCCCCCGCGGGCCUAUGCACAUCCCCCCAAAGCUUACAGAGAUCAUCGAGAUUUAAGCCCAGUUGGAAGUCCAAGGAAACGAUACAGAUCACGGUCGCCGAGUCCAUACAGCCGGAAAUCAAAAAGUAACAGUUCAAGAUACCCAGAGAAGUAUAACCGUCGGUCUUCACGCAGUCGAUCUCCGAGUCCACGUAACCGUUCACGUCGAUCCAGUCGAUCUCCAUCCCGAGGGAAGUACUCCAACUCCAAUCGUCAGAGACGAUCCUCCUCCAGGAGUCCUUCCAGAAGCUCAAGUACAAAACUAACGCAUUCCAAAUAUGCUACAAACACUCUCGCCGCCGAGCUUUCAAAACACAGACGAGCCAGGGAGGCCAAGGAAGCGGCCCUCCUCGCAGCCAAAGGUCGAGAUUCAAAGGAGUCCCGACCCAGCAAUAAAAAUCAUUCCUCAGAUAAGGACAAAUCAGACAGAAAUUCUGUUAAUUCUAGCAAAAAUGACUAUUUACCAAGAUCUCCCGGGUAUUCUAAUUCAAAAAGAAGCAGGGGUCCUGAUGAUAUGAUGAAGUCAGAAAUGAAAAGAGAGGACAGAGAUAUAAGAGAAUUGAGUUCUAGGGAUGUAGAGCCCAGAAGGAUGGAACCUAGAAGGGAAGAAAUCAGGGAACCUCCAAACGUCCCUUACCAUCGCGAUGAUCUACGUAAAAUGGAGGAGCGGAGACCAGAUUACAGGGAACUUAGACCUGAUCUAGAGCUACCACCCAGUCAUAGACCACCCCCAAGUUUACCUCUGCCCAGAGUAUCUCCUGUUGACAGUUUGGGGAUUGAUAGUCCAUACAGGAAGCAGGAGCCACAUAGGAAGCGAAUCACUGACCUGCCUAUGCCUCCAAUGAUUGACGAACCCGAGCCGGAAUAUGAACCCGAACCAGAGCUGCCUCCUAAACGAGAACAUCCUCACCAGGCCACCCCUAGAGUUAAAAAGCCAAAGAUUUGCCAGAAGAGGCGGUUGGAUGAGCGGGUCAAAGGUGACUGGGGAGAGAGAUGUGUUGACUUGUUUAACAUCAUAGAAAUCAUUGGGGAGGGGACCUAUGGCCAGGUGUACAAGGCUAAAGACACCUUUACAGAUGAGUUGGUAGCCUUGAAGAAAGUAAGACUGGAGAAUGAAAAAGAGGGAUUUCCCAUCACUGCUGUACGUGAGAUCAAAAUCCUUCGACAGCUCAAUCAUCCCAAUAUAGUUAACCUGAAAGAGAUAGUCACCGACAAACAGGACGCCUCGGACUUCAAAAAGGACAAAGGUGCCUUUUAUUUGGUGUUCGAGUACAUGGAUCACGAUCUGAUGGGACUACUGGAGUCAGGAAUGUGCCAUUUAAAGGAAGAACAUGUGGCCUCCUUCACCAAACAACUCCUGGACGGCUUAAACUACUGCCACAAAAAGAACUUCUUACACAGAGAUAUCAAGUGCUCUAAUAUAUUACUGAAUAACAGGGGUCAGAUUAAGUUAGCAGACUGGGGAUUAGCUCGACUUUACGAGGCUGACGAUAAAGACAGACUGUACACAAACAAAGUGAUCACACUGUGGUACAGGCCCCCAGAACUCUUAUUGGGGGAGGAGAGAUAUGGACCCGCCAUAGAUAUCUGGAGUAUUGGGUGCAUUCUAGGAGAGUUGUUCACCAGGAAGCCAAUAUUUCAGGCAGGACAGGAGUUUGCUCAGUUAGAGCUUAUCAGUAAGACCUGUGGCUCCCCCUGCCCUGCUGUGUGGCCCGACGUCAUUAAACUGCCACUGUUCCACACAUACAAACCCAAGAAACAAUACAGAAGAAGGCUAAGGGAAGAAUUCUCUUUUCUGCCAAAGACAGCUUUGGACUUAAUGGACCAAAUGUUGGAACUGGAUCCCUCUAAAAGAAUCACUGCUGAGGCAGCGCUUAUCUGCCCCUGGCUGAGGGAGGUGGAUCCCAUGAGAAUACCCCCACCAGAUUUACCUAAAGAUCAAGACUGUCAUGAAAUGUGGUGCAAGAAUAGGAAAAAGCAUUUGAAAGAAGCCCAGAAAAGAGGAGAGGAUACCUCAUCAGCUCAAUCCAGCACCACCAAAGUGGCAUCUAGUGGUUCCAAUUCCAGCAUAGGAAAAACGGAGGGAAAAGACACCAGGAGAUCGGUGUCAAGUGAUAGAACACUGCCAGCAAAGACAAAGCCUCCUAUGACAGGGGCUAAUAGCACAAAUAAGACCCCGGUGGGGAUCUUUAAUAGAAAAGACAAAGUGGGUGGUGCCUCUGGAAUUCCAGGACUAGAUGUGGCUGGCAAGGAGCAGCAGGUAGAGGCACCACCUGCAGACAGUGAGGUGAAGGAAGCGGUACCUCCUGUGAGUAAUCAGCUGUCACAGAUGAUUUCUCUGCUUCAGAAAGGCAUGUCCGUUCCUGAUGUGGCUAAAAGUGUGAAUGUGACAUUGGACGAUCAAACUCAGCAACUGAUGAGUAAUCUUCAUGCUCAACUCAUGCUGGCAGCACAGCUAUCCACAGAUCAGGGAGCUGCUGUACCUCCAAGCCAGCCCGAAACAUCAGUCAGCCAAAUCCCUUAUCCUUCUGAAGGAUAUCAACAAGAUUAUGGUAAUCAUAGUUCAAGCAAUAUGUUUGGGGGGGCUAAAGGGGGAGGGUCAGUAGAGGGUAAUCCUAGUUUGUACAGCCAGGAUUCUAAUUCAGGGAUGGGGAGUGAAAAUGCCGGAGUUAAAGCUGCCUUAGCCCAGUUGUUGGCUCAGCAGGGGAUGCGAGUGAGUCUGGGUGGAACAGAGAUCUCAGCCUCUGAAACUCGAGCAAGUCACACUGAGACUUACAGCAAGUCAGAACCUGGUUACUAUUCCUCAGACAGACCGGACUACAGUAGGUCUGGCAGUUAUGGCGGGGGAAGUAUCUACUCCGACGAAGGAUCCAGGGGAGGUUACUCUAGUGGUGACAGCUACGGUGGGCAGUAUAAUCCCCCGAGUGGUGGAUCCGGGGGAGCGGGCUAUUACGGACAGUAUCCAGGGGAGGGAAGACCACCCAAGUCAUAUGCAGAAGCAGCCCAAGGUGUUCCUAAACAACCCAGGAGUAUCCUGAAGAACAAAGCCUCUAGUUCUGCACUGCCUCCAAAGCCGCCGAUGGACCCUCCCAUGAAUCCAAGAGGGGGUUAUCCCCCACCCCCCUCUGGUCACAGUGGGCAUUCUAGGGGUGGUAGGGGUGGAUGGUAAUUAUAAUAUAUAGCGGGAUCAUUUUAAUUAUUGUUUCUUCUGAAGGUCAAGUGGAUGUUGGGAUGAAAAAAUAGGUUGAAAACUAAAUGGUUUUUAGAAUUAGUUUGAUACCGUUAAGAUUCGUACAGCAAUAGGAAAAGCCCACUUUGAAAAUAAUAUUUGGUGCUAGAACUGUGUGUGGGGAUGUCGAGCUUUGAGAAGGUUGCAUGUUUACUCCUGAAGUAUUUUAUAUGCUCUGUGAUUUCUAAUGAGUCCAUGGUGAAGUACUAUAUAUUUAAUAUAUUUUAACUUUAUUGAUUUAUGUCAAUAUUAAAAAAACAUUUUAGCGACCUCUUGUUGUAGAAAGCAAAGGAGAAAUGUUGACUGAAUUGUAAAAGUUAGGGUCCAUGGCUUUUUGAAUGUAUUUAAGCUUGUAACGAAGUUAAAAUUGUAUAUAUUGUUUAGUGUGUAAAGAUAAAUAUUAUUUGCAGUUUAAAAGAGAGAAAGGGAGAGAGAAAGAGUUUGUGAACGGUUGUUGGAAAAGUUUUUAUUUAUGUGGUUUUCUUCAUAAAGGAAUUGUGAAGUCGUAUUCACAGUAGUUCAUCAAGAAAAGUUCUGAAGUAUGUGUUGGGGACACAUAAACAGCUCGGAAAUGUAUGUUUGGUGUAAAGCAAAGGGCAUAGGUAUAUCUUGAAAAAAAAUCUCUGAAUUGUACAUGUGUGAACUGAAAUAAAAUUUCGACUGUU